AUGGCUUCCUCAAAGUGUUUGUUGUUGCCGUCGCUACCAUUUGAGUUGAUAGAAGAAAUACUUUACAAGAUUCCCGCCGAAUCCUUGAUCCGAUUCAAAUCGACGUGCAAGAAAUGGUACAAUCUCAUCACCGAGAAGAGAUUCAUGUACAAUCACUUGGAUCACUACUCACCGGAACGAUUCAUAAGAACCUAUGACCAACAGAUCAUUGAUCCGGUGACCGAAAUCCUCUCAGACGCACUAAUCCCGGACGAGUUUCGCGAUUUGUAUCCGAUUUAUUCCAUGGUUCACUGUGAUGGACUAAUGCUGUGUACGUGUCGAAAAUGGGACAACAGUCUCGCAGUUUGGAAUCCGGUUUUGAGGGAAAUUAAAUGGAUCAAACCGUCGGUUUGUUACUUGCACACUGAUUACGUUGGGAUUGGAUACGACGACAAUGUAUCUCGUGAUAACUACAAAAUCUUGAAGCUUCUUGGUCGUUUGCCUAAGGAUGAUGAUUCAGAUCCAAACUGUGAGAUCUAUGAAUUCAAGUCUGAUUCAUGGAAAACUCUUGUUGCUAAGUUUGACUGGGAUAUAGAUAUUAGGUGCAACAACGGUGUGUCUGUGAAGGGUAAGAUGUACUGGAUUGCUAAGAAGAAGGAAGACUUUACUAUUAUAAGGUUUGAUUUCUCCACUGAAACAUUCAAGGAGAUAUGCGUCUGUCCUUAUACUUUGGUGACUCGAUUAGGCUGUUUCGAUGGAGAUAGACUCUCUUUGUUACUACAAGGUGAAGAAUCACAGGGGAUUGAGGUUUGGAUGACAAACAAGUUGAGUGAUAAGGUUGUUUCGUUUAGCCAAUAUUUCAAUGUCACUACUCCUGAUCUUCCAGCGUUACAUCUCCAGUCUUGUAUGGCUUGUCCGGGAUACUCCAUUGGUAAGCGCAGAAAUAUAAGGGUGUGGUGUGAGGGAAGUGUAGACGUGGAUGAUAAGUCGUAUGUUAUCAUCACGUUUUACGAAAUUGAUGAAGGUGGGGUCAUAAAACAAAUUGAGACAGCAAGCUAUGGACAGUUUGAGUACGAUGACCCGUUUAUUUGUUGCUAUGUUUAUGUUCCGAGUCUGAUUCCGAUUCAGUGA